AUACUAUUAAAUUAAAAAUUUAGAUAUUCAUAUUAUAUAUAAUAUAUUUAUUAAUUCUACAUUUUUAAAAUAUAUUUAUAUCCUUUAUAUAACUUCGUAUAUUUUUUAUUUAUAGCAUUAAAUUAAAAAUACUAUGUAUAACCAUUGUGCUGUAAACAAUAACUAGUUAAAUUACCAAUGUUUUAUAUUUGCAAGUAAAAUGCAAUCAGAAAAACCAAAGAAGUUCGUGUCUAGUCUCUUAGUAAUAAUCUUGGACGUUAAUCCUGCUCAAGAUAUUUUACUUAAUGGCGAAAUUAAACUAUCAUCUAUACUUAGCUCUGUAGUUGCCUUUGCUAAUUCUCAUCUUAUGCUUAGAACUCACAAUAAAGUUGCUGUUCUCGCUUCUGAUCCCAACAGUUGUGAUUUUAUUUACUCUGACCAAGAUGAACUAGAUUUUAAAAAGAAAACCAUAAGCAGUUGUAAAAUGGGCGGAAGUCAGUAUGAAUUAUUCAGUCAUAUUGAUCGUUCCAUCAAAUUUAACAUAAUGAAGUUUCUGAGAGAUGCAGCUGAAGAGCCUCAUAUGUCAAGAGAUACAGUUUUUGGGGCAUCAUGUGCAAAAUCUCUAUGUUAUAUAAACAGAUUACAAAAUAAUUUACUGCCCGGUGAAAUUAUGAAUUCAAGAAUUUUGAUAAUAUCAGGUUGUGAUAACGAAGGAGACAAAUAUAUACGCUGUAUGAACACUUUCUUCACUGCUCAAAAACAAAAUGUUGCUAUUGAUGCUUGCAGCCUUACUCAUGAUGUGACUUUAUUAAAACAAGCAUGUUACAUUACAGAAGGUUCAUAUUUUCGAAUGCCAAAACUAGAAGGUCUUCUAUUAUAUUUACAAUGGAUAUUUUUAACAGAACCUUCUUCCAGAAAAAAAUUAGUAAUACCAUUAGCUCCACAGUUGGAUUUCAGACCUUUUUGCUUUUGUCAUGGCAAUUUAACAGCAAUUGGAUUUGUGUGUUCGUUGUGUUUGACUAUUUACUGCAAAAUCAGUCCUAUUUGUACAACAUGUGAAGCUGUUUUUAAAGUACGUUCAACACUAGCAGUGAAACCAAAAAAGAAGAAAACUAAAGUAUCAAGUGCAACUACUAAUUAAUUUUUUAUUUAAUUUUUAUAAUUUAUCUACAAAACAUUUAAUACUGAAUAAAUGUAUAUAUUUUGAAUCAAAC